AUGGCCGCCACCGCCAAGGACGUCCGCGCGGUCCACGUCCCUGACGAGGUGAGUAGGUGGUGGGAUACCUUCAACAGCGGCGUCCCCGUCGACGACGACGAGCAGGAUACUGAGGAGGAGGAGCCGGUGGUGGACUCCGACUCCGAUUUCGAGCAGGUGGCGCAGGAGGAGGAGCAGAAUGCGGGCGUGGCGUUGAACGAGAGUUACGGCAAGAUGACGGCGGCCGCCCGCGCGCGCGUCGAGGAGCAGGGCAGCGGUGGCGGCGGCGCCGCCCGUCAUGGCGAUGAAGAGGAGGUUUCUCAGGAUGGCAAUGUUCAGACUAAACGUGGGUUUCUGCUUGGGAGGAAGAGGAAAGCAAUCGCGACCCGAAGCAAACCUGAGGCUACUGAAACUGAGAUCCACGGGGAGUCUCUGAGAGCUGAAAAUGAAAUUUUGAGGCUGCAGAUUGUGCAAAAGACGAAGGAGCUCGAGGUUGAAAAGAUUCGGAGACUUGAACUUGAGUUGCUUCUGAAGAACAAGGAGAACAAGUCCCUGAAGAAGCAGAACAAAGCGUUGAGAGCUGAAAAUGAGCACUACAAGGAGACUGCAAAGCCACCAAGAAAUCCAAGGCUGUGCAGGUUCUGUAACAAGUAUGUAGUCGGCCAUGACUACCGCAACUGCCCCGAGAGGUGCGCUUCCGCUUCUUCUGAACAAGAUGAAGCUGAUGAUUCCAACUAGCACUCCUGAAGUUAUGCCGUGUUAAUACCUAGCCGAUAG